CCGUCAUUGUUUUGUUUAAACAAGACGCCUUUUCUCUUGCUCGCCAAUUUUACGUUUCCACCGUUCUUACCUCAGAGACGUGGCUCGACCAAACCGAAUCGAACGCUGGCGAUUUAAUUUAAAGUUGCCAAAUUUCCACUUCCCCAUUUGACUUUUGUUCCUGGGUUUCCAUCUCCCUUCCUCCCGAUUUCCAAGGGUGUUUGCUCGUAAUGUCAUCCAGAGGCUGAUUAGGCUGCCGAAAUCUCACUUCUUUACUUGAAUCUUGUCCGGGCUUUUCUUUAUUUUUGCCGAUUUCCAUGGGAGUGUCUCUGAGAAUUCUAUAUCCAUGAAUUUCAUCCAAGGUCUCAUCAAACCCUUCAAGCGCGGCUCUAGCAGAGAAGGUGUCGGAGAAGACGAUCUCGAGCGAAUUGCCGCUCUGGAGCAGAAGGUGUUCCCAUUUCAGGUCUUGGUCUCUGCUACGAAGAAUUUCCACCCCAACCACAAACUCGGCGAAGGUGGAUUUGGACCAGUCUACAAGGGAAGGCUAUCUGAUGGGAGGGAGAUAGCUGUGAAGAAGUUAUCUCAGUCCUCGAGACAGGGAAAAAACGAGUUUGUGAAUGAAGCCAAGUUACUUGCCAAGGUUCAGCAUCGCAAUGUCGUGAAUCUUGUGGGUUAUUGUACCCACGGAGACGAUAAACUCUUGGUCUACGAGUACGUCUCAAAUGAGAGCCUCGACAAGGUUCUAUUCAAAUCCAACAGAAGAGCAGAGCUAGACUGGAAGCAUAGGCUUGAGAUCAUAACUGGUGUUGCUCGUGGACUGCUUUAUCUUCACGAAGAUGCACCCAACUGCAUCAUCCACAGAGACAUCAAGGCUGGCAAUAUUCUGCUUGAUGAUAAAUGGGUUCCAAAGAUUGCAGAUUUUGGGAUGGCCCGGCUCUUCCCUGAAGACAGAACACAUGUCAACACUCGUGUGGCUGGCACCAAUGGGUAUAUGGCGCCGGAGUAUGUGAUGCAUGGGGUGCUAUCAGUGAAGGCGGACAUAUUCAGCUUUGGGGUUUUGGUACUGGAGCUGAUCAGCGGACAGAAGAACUCCAGUUUUAGUUUGAGGCACCCGGAUCAGACAUUGCUUGAAUGGUCGUAUAGGCUGUACAAGAAAGGAAGGAGCAUGGAGAUGGUGGAUCCUGCCAUGGCAGCAUCGGUGGAUGCAGACCAACUCCAACUAUGCGUUCAGAUUGGUCUGCUGUGUGCACAGGGCGAUCCCCUUCAACGGCCCAACAUGAGACGCAUUGCUAUGAUCCUCUCAAGGAGAGCAGGUCAUCUGGAAGAACCCUCACGGCCAGUCGUCCUCAACCGGCGGUCCCAUCACCACCAGACGGCUGGAACGUCCUCUGCAUCCACCACCACCACCCGUUCAAGUUUGGAUUCUUCUUUCGGAUCUAAUUCCAACACAAACACAAACACAGUCACGGCGGGCAGAGGUACUCCCACUUGGUCUCCCUCUCCUCACACCGUUAGCUCCGACUCUCGUGGGAAACGCCCUCUCUGGAGUUAUUGAUCCACUUUUAUACCGACGUAUAUGUGUGCUAGUUUGUAAAUUAGCAGAAGGCUAGUGAUUAUAUAUAUUGUUUCAUUUUAUUAAAUCUUGGAGGAUUCGUCGUCUCGAGAAAAGAAAAAGAUUUAUUUGUUCGUUGCAUAACAACAUGAACCCUAUUUGUUAUUUUGUCGUGUUUUUGAACCC